UUUCCCACCCACUUCCAAGAACAUUAACCCAACAAAUACCCCAUACACACAUAAACUCCCCCCCACCCCCUCCCCAGGUCCUACAUAAGUUAAAGAUACAGUCACAAAUGGAAAAUAAUUAGUACAUCACUUUCUUCUCAACAUAGGCAGAUAGUAAAUAUACACCCGGAAUAAAUAUAAAUAAAAUAAAUGACAUGAGAAAAAAAUAAAAAAUAAAAAAAAGGAAGCUGGUUUAUGAAAGGUGAACUUUUCAUGUGUCCUGUAGCGUCUUUAAUUUAGCUAUGUAGUCAACCACACAGCCCCUUGUCCCUAGUUUUUAUGUCACUACCGAAACACAAAGGUUUUAGAGGCGUGGCUGAUUCUCAAUUUAGGCCACACCCCUAAAUUGUUGACCAGGAAGUGACAUUGCAUUUCUGCCCCUCAAGGCUGCAUGGUAGUUCCAUCUUUUGACACUUCUUCCACUCCCGUCUUUGCACGCUACACCGCUACAACAAAGAUGACGGGGAGAAGAUGCUGCCGAAGUUUUUUCCUGCACCAAGCCUGCCAUCUCUGCAUCGUCACCAACAUUUCCUGACAGAAUACUCCAGCCCAAUACGAACCCCGCAGGGAUUUCUAUGGUGGAGAGGCUGGACAGGAUUCUGGCACUGUUGGCCGAAUCGAGAACUUUGGCCUCGUUUGAAGCUCCCUCCCACCCAUCCCUGUCAUCUGUGGGCCUAUGUGGCGACGUCUUGGAUCCGUCCCUUGAGGGGGGUGGGGUGGGCUAUGAGUAGCUGUGCAGCUGGGGAGGCACAGCUACUUUUAACCCCGGUGGGCCUGUAGACGCUGCUAUCCACCCCGGGGGCCCUGUAGACGCCACCAUCAACCCCGGUGGGCCCCUCCCAUGCCGACAGACGAGCCGCCUGCUCCUCUGGCUCCGCCCACGCGAACGACAUCGUCUUCCUCGUCUCUGGCUCCGCCGACGACAUCGUCUUCCUCGUCUCUGGCUCCGCCCACGCCGACGACAUCGUCUUCCUCGUCUCUGGCGUGCCUUCCCUCUGUGUCGUCGUCUUCCUCGUCUCUGGCGGGCCGUCCCACUGCGUCGUCGUCUUCCUCGUCUCUUAGGGGCUGUCCCACUGCGCCGCCAGCUUCCUCGUCUCCGGCGGACCUUCCCACGGCUUCACCAGCGUCUCCAGCAUCGUCGCCUCCGCGACUUCCAGCUGGCCUGACGCACGGGCAGCCAUCAGGCGCCGGCAUGCAGAGUUCUCGUCAGUCACGGAUGUGGCCGUUCCAUGGGCGACCGCCUCGCCAAUUGCGGCGACGUUCAACUCGCCGUCGCCACCUGGCUCUUCCCCACUGGUUGCGGGGACACUUGGCCUGGCGGCCCACCUCCUUUUCCUCCCUCCGCACUCCCGUGACUGUGGACUUUUUUUUGUUUUGUUUUUCUAGAACGUCGGGUAUCCGUUAUCGGAAGGGGGGCUACUGUCAGGCUUGUCACUGACAGUUUGGUUAUGUUUUGGUUUUUCCUCUGUUUGUGUUGUAUUUCCUGUCAGCGCUCUUAUUUUGGUUCCUUUUCCUGCAUGUCUCCCUGAGCG